CCUCUCCGCCUCCCGCUCCCUGCCCCGCCGCCCGGGUCCCCACGGACCUUGGUUCGUUUUCAGAAGUUUAGAGAAAGCAACGUCUUCAAAUUCUUGUGGGUUCGAAACAUUAAACGCAGAGCGCAACAAAGGGAGAGCCCGGGAGUCUCGAAGCCCGAGCAGAGGCGGCGGUGGGCGCGUCCCCUCCCUGCCCGAGACGCGUGUGAGACAUCCCCACCCCUCCGCGCACCCACCGAGUUUUUCUCUCUCCCCUUCUCGUCCCAGUUAUGGAAAGGAUGGAAGAGGCAGAGGCCGACUACGCUGUGGCUUUCGCCGAGGCUCAGAGAUGGGUGGAGGCAGUAACGGAGAAGAAUUUUGAAACAAAGGAUUUUCGAGCAUCUCUAGAAAAUGGUGUUCUGUUGUGUGACUUGAUCAAUAAGCUUAAACCUGGUGUCAUUAAGAAGAUCAAUAGAUUGUCCACACCAAUAGCAGGUCUGGAUAAUAUAAACGUGUUUUUAAAAGCUUGUGAACAGAUUGGAUUGAAAGAAGCCCAGCUUUUCCAUCCUGGGGAUCUACAGGAUUUAUCAAAUCGAGUCACCAUCAAGCAAGAAGAGACUGAUAGGAGAGUGAAAAAUGUUUUGAUAACAUUGUAUUGGCUGGGAAGAAAAGCCCAAAGUAACCCCUACUACAUUGGUCCCUAUCUUAAUUUGAAAGCAUUUGAGACUCUUUUAGGACAAGCUCUGACUAAGGCACUUGAAGACUCCAGCUGCCUGAAAAGAAGUGGCAGGGACAGUGGAUACGGUGAGACCUGGUGCACUGAUCGUGGAGAAUUUCCUAUCUCUGCAGGCAACCAUAAGAGAGACGAUUCCUUUGAGAGCUUGGACUCUUUAGGGUCUAGGUCAUUGACAAGCUGCUCCUCAGAUAUCACACUGAAAGGGGGACGUGAAGGUUGUGAGAGUGACACAGAUUCUGAAUUUACGUUCAAAAUGCAGGAGUAUAAUAAAGAUGAUAUGUCAUAUCGAAGGAUUUCAUCCAUUGAACCAAAGUCUGCUUUGCCAUUCAAUCGUUUUCUACCCAGUAAAAGUAGACAGCCAUCCUAUAUGCCGGCACCUUUACGGAAGAAAAAGCCGGACAAAAAUGAAGAUAACAGAAGAAGCUGGGCAAGCCCGGUCUAUACAGAAGCAGAUGGAACAUUUUCAAGUAGCCAGAGGAGGACUUGGGGCACAAACGUGGAGAACUGGACAACAGUACCGAAAGCCUCAAUAUCCUCUUGUUAUUUGGAAGAGGAAGAAGAAAAGACAACAAGCAUACCUCGCACUGUAAAGGAUGAUCUUUAUGUGCGAAAGCUAAGUCCAAUAAUGCCAAACCCAGGGAACCCUUUCGAUCAGUUUCUUCCCAAAUGUUGGAUCCCAGAAGAUGUGAACUGGAAAAGAAUAAAAAGAGAAAAUUAUAAACCAUGGUAUAAGGAAUUUCAGGGAUUCAGUCAGUUUUUAUUACUUCAGGCCUUUCAAACAUACUCUGAUGACAUCUUAUCUUCUGAAACAAAUAUCAAAAUUGAUCCUACUUCUGGCCCAAGACUCAUAACACGCAGAAAGAAUCUCUCUCCUGCACCAGAGUAUACAAGAGAUAAUCCCAAGAUGUCAGCCCUGGACCCUGACUUAGAAAAUGAUGAUUUCUUUGUUAGGAAGAUUGGGGCUUUCCAUGCAAAUCCAUGUGUUCUCCAGGCUUUCGAAGAUUUUAGAAGAUUCUCUGAGCAAGAGGAUCCUGUAGAGCGAGAUAUAAUCCUGCAGUGUCGAGAAGGUGAACUUCUGCUUCCAGAUUUAGAAAGAGAUGAUAUGAUUGUUCGCCGAAUUCCAGCUCAGAAGAAAGAGGUGCCUCUCUCAGGAGCCCCAGAUAGGUACCAGCCAGUGCCUUUCCCUGAACCCUGGACUCUUCCUCCGGAAAUUCAAGCAAAAUUUCUCUGUGUAUUUGAAAGGACAAGCCCAUCCAAAGGAAAAAAUAAUGGUUGUAGAGUGUUAGUUCCUUCUUAUCGGCAAAAGAAAGAUGACAUGUUGACUCGUAAGAUCCAGUCUUGGAAACUGGGAACUGCAGUGGCUCCGGUCAGUUUCACCCCUGGUACCUGCAGUGAGAUGGACUUACAGAAAUGGGAGGCCAUCCGCGAGGCCAGCAGAGUUAGGCACAAGAAACGGCUGAUGGUUGAGAGACUCUUUCAAAAGAUUUAUGGUGAGAAUGGGAGUAAGUCCAUGAGUGAUGUCAGUGCAGAAGAUGUUCAAAGCCUGCGUCAGCUGCGUUAUGAGGAGAUGCAGAAAAUGAAGUCACAGCUGAAAGAACAAGAUCAGAAAUGGCAGGAUGACCUUGCAAAAUGGAAAGAUCGUCGAAAAAGCUACACUUCAGAUCUGCAGAAGAAAAAAGAAGAGAGGGAAGAAAUUGAAAAGCAGGCACUAGAGAAGUCUGAGAGAAGCUCUAAGACAUUUAAGGAGAUGCUGCAGGACAGGGAAUCCCGAAGUCAGAUAUCUAGCAGUGAUCAGCAGAGAAAAAUUACACUGAGGAGGAGAAUGUAUUCUUCUGAUGAUAUAUUGAAUGAAGAGAAGAUGCCCCCUACAAUGACUAUGUCAGAAGCAAGAUAUCAGAGUGAGAGAGUAGAAGAGAAGGGAACAACUUACCCUACAGAAAUUCCUAAAGAAGAUUCGACAACUUUUGCAAAAAGAGAGGACUAUAUAACAGCUGAAAUUCAGCUUCCUUCUAAAAGCCCCGUAGAAGAACUACGCUCAGCUUCUUUGUCUUCUCAGCAUUCACUGAAUACGCAAAUGGAGUCGACUCGGGUUUCAGCUUCUCUCCCCAGAAGUUACCAGAAAACUGAUACAGCCAGGUUAACAUCUGUGGUCACACCGAGACCUUUUGGCUCUCAAUCAAGGGGAAUCUCAUCACUCCCCAGAUCCUACACGAUGGAUGAUGCUUGGAAGUAUAACGGAGAUGUAGAAGGCUCUAAGAGAACUCAAAAUAAUUCAGCUAGCUCUACUGCUCAAAAACCUGAUGCAAGUCCUCCUCGGAGCUCAUCAAGUGAGAGAGAGGCAACAGCUGGAAAAGAUAUGGCGCGAUUGCCCUCUCCUAUACCUUCCUACUCAUCUCUUUCCCAGGACCAGAAUGCCACUUCUAAAGCCGAAUUGUCUUCAAUGUCCAGCCCUGAUUUAAUGUCCAUGUCUGGAGAGGAGACAGACUCACUACAAAUAGAGGCCUCAACAUCACAGGAUCAGUUCAGUGAUAUGAGAAUCAGCAUAAACCAGUCGCCUGGGAACAGUCUCGACUUUGGGUUUACAGUAAAAUGGGAUUUUUCCAGGAUCCUCGUAGCAUCAGUUGAACCAGGUAGCCCAGCAGAAUUUUCUCAGCUACAGGUAGAUGAUGAAAUUAUUGCUAUUAACAGUACCAAGUUUUCAUGUAAGGACACAAAAGAGUGGGAGGAAACCAUGGCAAAAGCUCAAGAAACUGGAAACCUAGUAAUGGAUGUCAGGCGCUACGGAAAGUCUGGUUCACCUGAAACUAAGUGGAUUGAUGCGACUUCUGGAAUUUACAACUCAGACAAGUCUUCAAAGUUAUCAAUAACAACAGAUUUCUCUGAAAGCCUUCAGAAUUCUAAUACUGAAUCCAAAGAAAUCAAUGGAAUUCAUGAUGAAAGCAAUACUUUUGAAUCAGAAGCAUCUGAACCUAUUUCUUUGAAAAACUUAAAAAGGCGAUCACAAUUUUUUGAACAAGGAAGCUCCGAUUUUGUGGUUCCUGAUCUUCCAGUUCCAACUAUCAGUGCCCCAAGUCGCUGGGCGUGGGAUCCAGAGGAGGAGCGAAAACGGCAGGAGCGGUGGCAGAAGGAGCAGGAUCGUCUACUGCAGGAAAAAUAUCAACGUGAGCAGGAGAAACUGCGGGAAGAGUGGCAACGGGCUAAGCAAGAGGCAGAGAGAGAGAAUUCCGUGUACUUGGAUGAGGAACUGAUGGUCCUAAACUCAAACAGCAUUUCUCUGAUGACACGUGAGCCUGCUGUUACCACCUGGGAAGCCACCUGGAGUGAAGGGUCCAAGUCUUCUGACAAGGAAGGAACUCGAGCAGGAGAGGAGGAGAGGAUGGAGCAGCGGGAGGGAGGAGCUAAUGAGGACCAAAGAAGGAAGCUGCAGGAACAGCUCAUUCUUGAGAAUGAGAGAAAACUGAAGGAGCAACAAUUUCAGGAAGAGCAGGAGCAGAAGCGGCACCAGGCUGAGGUUGAGGAGCAGAAGCGGCGCCAGGCUGAGGUUGAGGAGCAGAAGUGGCGCCAGACCGAGGUUGAGGAGCAGAAGAAGCAUAUAGAAGAGCAGAAGCACCAGGCAGAAAGAGAGAGGGAAACUUCAGUCAAAAUAUACCAGUAUAGAAGGCCUGUUGAUUCCUAUGAUAUACCAAAGAGAGGGGAAGACUCUUCAGGUUUGCUUCCUAGUGACAGGAAUAAAUCUAGAUCCACUACUGAACUGGAUGAUUACCCUACAAAUAAAAAUGGAAGCAAUAAAUAUUUGGACCGAAUUGGGAGUACUACCACUUCACAGAGGAGCUCCAAGAAGGAACAAGUACCAUCAGAAGCUGAGCUGGAGAGACAACAAAUCCUUCAGGAAAUGAGGAAGAGAACCUCCCUUCACAACGACAACAGCUGGAUUCGACAGCGCAGCUCCAGUGUGAAUAAAGAACCGAUUUAUGUUCCUGGAAUUAUGAGAAGAGGUGAAUCUCUAGAUAACCUGGAUUCCCCAAGAUCCACUUCUUGGAGACAAUCCCCUUGGCUCAACCAGCCUACAGGAUUCUAUGCUUCUUCCUCUGUGCAAGACUUCAGUCGCCCACCACCUCAGCCGGUGUCCACCUCGAACCGCGCCUACAUGCGCAACCCAUCCUCCAGCCUGCCGCCUCCGUCGUUGGGGUCUGUGAGUACCACCGCCUCUGGCUCGUCCACCACGUCGCGCAACCAUUCCCCGUCUGCGUCGCCGUCAGGGUCCCAGCUGCGCAGCAGGUCAGUCAGUGGGAAGCGUGUGUGCUCCUACUGUAAUAACAUUCUGGGCAAAGGAGCCGCCAUGAUCAUCGAGUCCCUGGGUCUUUGUUAUCAUUUACAUUGUUUUAAGUGUGUGGCCUGUGAGUGUGUCCUCGGGGGCGCUUCCUCAGGAGCCGAAGUCAGAAUCAGAAACAACCAACUGUACUGCAACGACUGCUAUCUCAGAUUCAAAUCUGGACAGCCAACCGCCAUGUGAUGUAAACCCGCAUACGAAAGCACUGUUGCAGAUAGAAGAAGAGGUGGUUGCUGCUGAUGUAGAUCUAUGAAUGUAUGUUGUAUGUCUUUUUUGCUCUCAUUUUUUUUAAAACAAUAACUUUUUUUUUUUGCCUCUUUAGAUUGCAUAGGAGCAUUGUAUUCCUGAUAGAACCUGUAUUUUUGUUGUUGUUUAUUUAUAAGAAGGUAAUUAUGUGUGGGAAAAAGUACAGUAUUUACUUUUUGAAUUCAGCAUAUUAGAAGCACAAGAGAAAGAAUAAGUUCAAAAUAUUUUUGAGGCUGAUAAUGAACUAGUUUGACUUUCUAGUGGUGUUUUGAAGAGGGUAUUUUAUUCUUUUUUUAAAAAAAAGGUUCUUAAACAUUAUUUGAAAUAGUUAAUAUAAAUAUAUAAUUGCAUUUGCUCUGUUUAUUUGUAAUGUAUACUAAAUGCAGAACCAUAUGGAAAAUUUAAGUAAAAUCCAUUCCCAAAUUUGCCUUUUGUAUCCUUUUAUUCAUCUAUAUAAUAUUAUGAUUUAAAAAAAAUUAGCCUAUAAAACAUUUUAUUUGCUUGAUGAGAGGAGCUCUAUUUUCUUUACCAGAAUUGUUGCUAAGCAGUUCCCAAGAGAAAGCUGCUUUUUUUCACCAAUGAAAAAUAGCCAUGUUUCGCAUACCAGAAGGUUUUCUCCAGAAACCAGUGAGCCUUCUGUUCAACUGCAUUUGUAAAUAAACUCGCUGAUGCAUUUAA